GCGAUAGGCCUGGGCCCGCCCGUGCAUCAAUCCUCCCUGGGAAGGGGCCGCGGGAAGCCGAGGGGCUUCAGGUCUUCUCCAGAGAGACCAGGGCGCGGGUUGGGCAGGGCUCUGCCGCGGGACCCGCGCCUCGCCAGGGCCAGCCGGCGACGCCCAGCCGGCUCCCAGCCCCCUCAGCAGCCCGGGUGCGCCUGGCUGGUGGAGGGGCUGGUGAAGGAAGGAGCUGAGGCCUGGGAAGCCGCAGGCCUUGCAUCCUGAGGGGUUUCAGCUGCGUGGCGCGUCGUGCAGGAGGAAACCAAGCCUUGUGGGGGGCCCACGUCCCCGGCCAGGAGCUGGGAGCUGACUACGCUGCCCUGAGUGGCCCUCGGCCCUCUGCCAACCCCUAUGCUCAAGCCAUAGGAGAGGGGGUGAAAGGGACAGACCAGCCAGGGGGUUCCUGGAUGUAGCAGCGACAGGCGUGAACGUAGCCCCUGGCCCUAGGGAUGCAUGUCAUGGCGGCCCCAGGCCUCCACGGCUAGUGCUGGCCUUGCUGGGUGUGACGGAGAAGCCAUCGUCCUGCAUUGUGUCACUGGGUUGCUCACGCCGCCCCCGCCCGCCUGCCCCAGCCCCACGAGAGCGGCAGGCUGCAGAGACGUGACAGAGGCUCUGACUGGCCCAGCUGGACCCCCCUGCCUCCCACCUGGGGCUAUAAAGGCAGCAAGGGAGAGUGCCCCACCAGUGGCAGGGCAGAGACGCACCAAUGGCUUUGGCACUGAUCAUCCCCUUGGUCCUUGCUGUGGCCACAGCAUCAGCCCAGCUGGACCAGGUCCCCGAGAGAUGCCUCCAGGGCCCGGCAUACUGGUGCCAGGAUGCAGAAACAGCCACUGAGUGCCGGAAAGAGCAGUUCUGCUUGAGUUUCUGGGACGCUGUUCUGUGGGAUCGGCUGGAGGAGGGAGCCCUAAUUCCAAAGCGCAAGAAGCCGUGCGCCAUCUGCACCAAAGUGAUGCAGCAGCUCCAGUCCAUGGUGGGGGAGGAUGCUGACGAGGACACCAUUCAGAAGGCCCUAAAGACAGUGUGCAAGGCAUUGGGCAGGCGCCUGGUCCGACCAUGCAAGUCACUGGUGAGGAAAUACAAAGACCAGAUCAGUGACGCGUUGCAGAAUGGCAGUGAUCCCCAGGACACCUGCACCGACCUGGGGCUCUGCUCGGACUCCAGGGAGCUGCUAGAUGACCUGAGCUGAUGCAUUCCCCGAAGGAUGCCCAGCCUUGGCUCCCCACUCUCCACGCUGCUGCAGACUGCCUGGUGGAGCCGGCUGGAGCAGGCCUCAAAGCAUCACACUGGACAGCUUGGCUCUGUCUCCCCGCAUAGGCAGCUGGACCCUGGCACAACUCCCUGCCAGCAGCAUGUGCUUUGCAUCACCCGUCUCCAGCAGCUUCACUGACUAUCUAGGCUGCAUCCGAAGCUGGUAACACAGCGAGAGGCUGGGGGGUGCCGCCAGCUGGACCUGCCCCUCCUUCCCCUGCCUCUGGCUUCCUCAGCAAUAAAGCACCGUAGGCAAUGCAA